CUGUACAUUAUUCCAUGUCUACCGACUCUACCCUGCUACCUACUAGGUACAUACAUGUAGCAGGAUAGGUACUAGGUAGUGUACAUGUACAUAUUUAGAUUGAUCCCGACGUAAUGGAUCGAAUCAUUCCUUCAGGGUUCAAUUGACGUACCUACCCAGGCUACCCUAGGUAGGGUACCUAAUAGUAUUCCUAUCACCAAUCGCGUUAUCUCCCAUGCUUACAUCUUCUACUUUCCUUCACAAUCAAACGAAAUACUGUAUUUGUAAAAAUUAUUAGAUGAUUAUCAUCACAAUUUUGCACUUUAUAUCUAGCAUCGUUUUCAAUAUGGUAUCUCAAAGAACAUCGUAUCAUUCAAAUCUACUAGAUUAUUUAGACUUUCAAGUCACCAAAUAAGACGACAGCGCGUAGCCUACCGCAUAGAGUACCGCAUAGACUCAUCGUUGUUACACGUACCUCGAUUAUUCAUUGUGGUUGGAUUUAGGCAGCCUUAGGCACCUAGUGAGGCUGAUUAUUUAUUAGUCAAGCACUCAUGUGCGCAUAGUUGCCUUAUUGAUAUCAGGAAUCAUGCCGCCUCCUUUGUUUUCGCCCAGUGCGAGCUGGUUGAACCGGCGAUCCACCAGACCUGAAGCCUCAGGUAUCAAGGUCGAUAAUAAAUCUAUCUUCGGAGAGCCCACUAGUGAUCAGCUUGCUUCGGAAGCGCAACUUCGAGCAGAAUAUGAGCAAGUACAACAGAAGCACUGUGUCCAAAGAGAGAAGGACCGACUUGCCCGAUCCUCGACAUCGAGCUACUUACAUAAAAAUCCGAACCCUUCUAAUCUUCUACCAAACAUUUCUCGGGACACAUCAGAACAGACGGAGUCCCAACUUCAGCUGAGAGAUAAACAACAGCAACAGCAACGACAGCAACGACAGCAACAGCUUGACGAGAAAAGAAAGCAACUUGAGGAGCGAAAGCUGCGCGAUCUUGCAGAGAGAGCUCGUCUUGAACAGCAAGCACGCCAGCAGCUUCGGCUUCGGCUUCAAGAACAACGGCAACUGCAGCAACUACAGCAACCACAGCAACAGUUGCAAGUUCAGAGUCAAUACCGACCAAUAAUAAAACCAGAGCCUGAUCUGAAAGCAACGGACCUCUCUAGUUUUCUCCUUAAAAUUCAGGACCGCUUCCCUGGUAGACCUGAAAUCGUCGAUAAAUUCAAGAAAUAUAUGAACCUUAGGGUUCCUGCUCGCGAUCUGCUACCUGAUAUCACCGAUUUAUUCAGGACUGCUCGCGAGCUUGUUCAAGAAUACACAUCAGCGAUGGACGCCAUCGAUAAAAGCCGUUCGCGGCCCCUCCCUUUGCCCUCAACCCUACCCCCUACUCCCCAAUCGGACGCCCUAAGUCAUAGCGGCAGCGCCAAUGACAACAACAAUGAUGCCAUGGAAGAAGCCGAGGUGAUUCUCCAGCAGCUACAAGGCGGCGCGGUUAAUUCCCAUCAAAAAGAGCUAACACGACUCUUGUCGAUGCCGGAUAUUGACAUCCCGCCAAGUGAACGGACGAACACGCCAGCUGGUAUGAAGUGUACCCUAAUGGAACACCAAAAGGCUUGCCUGACUUGGUUGGUAAAACAAGAAAAGGAUGACCACAAGAAGGGAGGUAUUCUAGCAGACACCAUGGGGUUAGGCAAAACUAUUCAAGCUAUUGCGCUGAUACUGCAACAUCCAUCGCACAACAGUGCCAAUAAGACAACCCUCAUUGUCGCACCUCUUUCCCUACUCAAGCAAUGGGAGCAAGAGAUCUUGACUAAGGUUAGGCCAAGCCACCAAUUGAAGACGAUCAUCGUACAUGGAGCCACAAAGCGCAACAUGUCCCCUGUGAAACUUCAGACCUAUGAUGUGGUCCUUACUACAUACGGCACAAUCGGAUGGGAGCAUUCGCAUAGGAGAAAAGCAAAGGCUCUAUUUCUAGCUGACCGAAGCCAUUUUUACCGUGUGAUUCUUGACGAGGCUCACAAUAUCAAGAACAAGAAGACUCAAAUUUCGGAAGCCGCGAGUCGAAUUAAGGCAACCUACCGACUUUGCAUGACAGGAACCCCCUUCAUGAACAAACCGGAAGAGAUAUUCCCACUUAUACGAUUUCUUCAGAUCAAGCCUUACGAUGUUUGGCCGUCUUUUCACUCGCACAUCAUCCGCAGGCUCGACGAUACUUCUGAUCGUUCGCAACGUGAGGGUGUGCGAAGCGAAGGUAUGCGAAGACUUCAGGUCUUGUUUAGAAGCAUGACGCUUCGUAGGACCAAAACGAGUACCAUUGAUGGUGAGCCGAUCCUAAAACUACCUCGGCUUAUCAAGGAGACCGUCAUGGUCAAAAUGACAGAGGAGGAAAAGAAGUACUACGACGCGCUCGAACAGAAACAGCGACUAGAAGUAAACAAAUUUCUCCGGGCCGGUACUUCAAUGAAGGCGUACACUUACAUAUUCGUACUACUGCUUCGUCUCCGCCAAGCUUGCUGUCACCCGCAUCUUAUCUCAGAUCAUAACAUUCCAGACAAUGUGGAGGCCACAGCCGAACAGAUGCAGAGUUAUGCCCUGAAGCUCAAAGAGCCAGUGGUAGAAAGACUUAAAGCGCAAGAAGAUUUCGGAUGCCCAAUCUGUAAAGAAAAAACCAAAUGUCCACUUAUUUUAUACCCAUGCGGACACUUGAUUUGCAGCUCUUGCUUUGAAGCUGCGAUGAUGCUGGCGAAAGCUGCCGAUUCUAACGCCGAGAACAAUUGUCCUGGCCUCCACUGCAAGGGCAAAAUAGACCCUAAGAAGGUCAUUGUUUUUGCCAUAUUCUUGGAAGCACACAAGAUUAAGACGCUUCAGUCAGAGAACGGCGAUGAUGAGAAUGAAGAUAGUGACGAGAGCUGGGAUAGUUCGGACGACGACGUGGAUGCUCGCGGGAACUUGAAAGACUUUAUUGCAUCUGAUUCCGAAGAAGACGAAGAAACCGAUUCCGAAGAUGACGACGACGAAGACUUCAUGAAUGAAGACUCCGAUUCUGGAGAUGACGAAGUUGAAGAGAACACGGAUGUGGGCCCCGAUUCCCAAGUUGAUGAAGUUGAAGAGAACAAGGAUAUGGACGCUAUCAACCAAGCGGCAGUCGUCGAUGACGAUCAUGACUAUAAGGGCACCGCGUCCAUGGAUGAUUUGUGGGAAGAUGUUGCGGAGAAGAAGGAAUCUGCUGAGGGCCCUCUAUCCUCAGAUAAGGACAGCGGCUCUGAUUCCCUUGAGUCCAUGCUAGCAGCUAUUGAUAGAGCAGCAGCAACGAAGCGGAACGCGGACAAUUCCGGUACUAAUGAUGAAUCUUUGGGCAAAGAGUCAUCUCGUUCUAGUCGCAAACGCAAGUUGCCUCGUAGCUACAGUGCUAUUGCUCCAGGAAAGAAGAGAAGAGGCGAUGUGCGAAACAAUAAGAUUGCCCAGAAGAAGAAGGUUUUCACGGCUGUGAAGACUGUAAAAGACAAGAAAAAAUCCAAGGGCAAGAAGAAAGGCUUCACGUCACUUGCAGACUUGAAAAAGGCCAGCUCAACUAACACAGCUGCGAAAGAGAAAUACAUGAAGAACCUACGACAAGAGUGGCAGCCCAGCGCUAAGACUGCCAAGACGAUGGAGAUUCUACGCUCAAUCAAGGAGAACAAGCCCGGAGAGAAGACGCUCAUUUUCAGUUUGUGGACCUCCUUCCUCGAUCUGCUUGAAAUUCCCAUUCAAGAUGAAGGCUUUCAAUACAGGCGCUACGACGGGUCCAUGAGUCAGUUCCAGCGAGAUUCAGCCAUUCAAGACUUCGUCAACAACCCCGAAAUUAAGAUCAUGAUGAUCAGCUUGAGAGCGGGAAACGCAGGGCUCAACCUUACUGCAGCAAGUCAGGUUAUCAUUAUGGAGCCGUUCUGGAACCCAUACAUAGAAGAGCAAGCUAUCGAUCGUGCGCAUCGUUUCGGGCAGCACAGGGAGGUUACGGUAUACCACAUGCUAGUCGCGGGAACCGUUGAGGAUCGUAUUCGCGAGCUGCAGGAACAGAAACGCAAUCUAGUCGAUGAAGCACUCAGCGAGGCGGGUGCCCAAGGCGUUGGUCGAUUGGAUCGAGAACAAUUGAUGGGUCUAUUCGGAUUUGCUACGUCUUGAUUCUAUUCCAUGGAAUCUUCAUACGGCCGUCUCUUGGCUGCUAGUUCGGAGAACGAGGAGGGGGCCUAGUGAGAUGUUACUGCUACUGCGCACUUGCAGUACUCUUUCUGUAGGGGUUUCAUAUGGCUAGGCUAACGACUCUGGGUUAGAUGGCAUGUUGGCGGUGGACUGGUUAAGGAACAUGUCAUUGCUUAAGGAGUAUGGCACGGUUUGCGUAUGAUAAACCCUACACCUAACGAAGGCUACUUGUACAUGUACGAAAGUCGGAUAAUUUUGGUAGCUCCCAGAGCCUCAUCUUCUUGUUAUGUUUGUACUUUACAGCAACAAGAUGAUGGCCGACAAUUCUAAUGCUAAUUUUGGUAUUUAUACCGG